AUGCAAAAGGGACAACAUGGCACUCCCACAGACAGUGAACUAAAUGAUGACGUACAGGAAUACUUUGAUGACGUCAUCGGUGAAGUCAGCCACAAGUGGGACGACCUGGCCCGGAAGCUGGGGUUCAAGGAGAACAGAAUAAAGGGAAUCCGAAGCUCGGAGCGUGACAAUGAUCACAGGUGCAGGGAGGUGCUGAACCGGUGGAGAAACAGGGAGGGAAGGAGAGCUACUCUACAGGUUCUGCAACAGGCCCUCAUCGACAUUGGUACAGCAGCACCGCCCAGCGGAAGUGGAGGGCCAAGUAGUGUUGAGGACGUCAUCAACACUAUCAAAGACCUGUAUGCCACAGAGUAUGCCAAGGUUCGACCUCUUCCUUGGUGUGAAGACCCCAGCCUGCCUUUGGGAGAAGUCUACACCAACCUGCGACAUCAGCGCAAGGACCGAAAGGGGCGCUUCGAGGAGACCGGUAGUAUCGUAAGCUUAGCAGAUAUUUACAACAGGAGCAAAACUAAAAGUACACCAGAUGUUAGAAGGAUAAGGGUAGAGGGGGAUCCUGGUAUUGGGAAGUCGUGCUCUUGUCAGAAACUGGCUCAUGAUUGGUCCUCUGGGAAACUGGAUAUUUUCAUGGCUGUCUUCUUUCUAGAAAUGCGCCACAUGUCUGGAAAAGUAAAAGAUGCAAUAUUUGAGCAGCUCCUACCUGAUGAUACAAACAUGACCCCGGACCAGCUCUGGUCCUACAUCCAAGAGAACCAGGAUGAUGUUCUCUUCAUUCUAGACGGUUUAGAUGAGCUCAGUCAGACAGCUAGGGAAGUCACAGAUGUGGUGGUCUUGAUUCAAGGUAAAAUCCUCAGGAACUGCCAUGUCCUGGUGACCUCCAGGCCGUACCACUGUGUCAAAGACCUGGAGAAAUGUCACGAGUUUUACAAAAUCGUUGGUUACAGCGAAGAUGAUUCUGUUCAAUUCAUAGAGAAAUACUUCACUGAGACUCCUGAAUCUGCUAGAAAAGUUGUGGAACAGCUUAAACGUAACCAAAAUUUGUCGAGAUUAGUAGUGAAUCCCCUCAACAAUGUGCUGAUAUGUAUUGUCUGGGAAGACAAUGAGGGAAAAUUACCUUCAAGCCUAGCUGAAUUGUAUCAAAUGAUGGUAUACUCAGUUGCCAAACGGUACUGUGCAAAGAAAAACAUUCCAUCAGAGGGUGCAAAAAUCCCUUCAAACAUAGAAGAAGCAUUGCGAUGUCUGGGGAAACUGUCCUGGGAGGGACUAGAGCAGGAUCAGCUACAGUUCACCAUAAAUGAUAUCACAGAGAAGUAUGGACACAAUGCCGAUGACAUGUUGGCUAUCGGCUUACUGACAAGAGACAACUCUUUCUCCAGAAUCAAACGCACCUGCUUCUGCUCCUUCUUACAUAAAACAUUUCAGGAAUACAUGGCUGCUUGGUACAUCAGUGACAUGGUCAAAAAGGAAAGUAAAAGGGAUGAAAGUAAAGAAUGUCUUCGUAGUUUGUUUGGGAUGACAGAGGCUGCAUCUAGUAACGUUGACAUGGGACUGAUGGCAAUAAACCGUGAUAGAUAUAAGGAGAUUCAAAACAUGGUGCUGUCAAUCCUAGGUGACAGUUCAGGCCUGUUGUUUGAAAUGUUUGCAGAGGAACUUAGUAAAGAUGGAUGUAAAGGGGAGGGCAAGGAUCUUUUGUCCUUCAUCUGUAUCGCUUUUCUUGGUAGAGCUUGUGGAGCUGGUAGAAUGGGGUGUGAACUGGCAGAGUCUGUGGUGCCUUGUUUGUCCCAGCACAUACGUAACGACGUGCCCAAACGUGGUGUCGUUCAUCCUUUCACAAUAGAUGGUGUUGAGUGGAUUGACGGGGAACAGAACCUUGGAGACAUUGACGAUUGA